CUUAAUGGCCCGUUCAGAAUGACCUUUAAACAAAAGUGGUUGUUAUCAUUUAGGAUAGCGUUUUGCGACAACGCCGGCUUGUUAUACUCUUUUCCUCGGUAUAUAGCGAUACCAAUGUAAGUACAUGUAGUGCAUAUAGGUACUGUAUUUCAACAAUAUUGACUUUUAUAUCAAGCACAUAGUAGAUUGGGUUUUACUCUAUUUAUUGGCUGCUCGCCCCUGGCCGUCGUUAUUCGUGUCGACACUCUCGUGCAGGAAGAUGGUGAAAGUUCAGAAAAUCACAGAAGAAGUUGCACUGGGCGAGGGCCCCCACUGGGACCACGAUCAGCAGGCAUUGUACUUUGUCAGCAUUCGUGACAAGACAAUAAACAAGUAUGUGCCUGCUACUGGAAUACAUACUAAGACAACACUUGACGGUCGCGUAGGCUUCAUGGUUCCAGUGGAAGGCAAGUCUGACGAGUUUGUGGUGGGGGUAGAGCGCAAGUUCCUGGUUGUAAAGUGGGAUGGUGCAGACGGCAGCCCAGCCACAGUGGUCAAGGAGAUCGGGGAAGUUGAAAAAGGCACUAAGAAUCGGAUCAACGAUGGAAAGGCUGAUCCGCGAGGCAGAUUGUUUGCCGGCACAAUGGGCCACGAGGACCCCCGCGGCGACGUCCUCCACGAGCAAGGCGCGUUGUAUCGCCUGGACGGCACCAAGAUCACGCAAGUGGCAGACAAGAUCAGCAUAUCGAACGGCCUCGCGUGGGACUUGAAGGAAAAGGCCUUUUAUUAUUCAGACUCGCUUGAACAUUGUAUUAGGAGAUACGAUUAUGAUGUGGAAACUGGGAACAUCUCCAAGUUGAAGUACUUCUUCGACUUCAAGAAGCACGGCAUCACAGAGGGCGUUCCGGAUGGCACCACCAUCGAUACAGACGGCAAUCUUUGGGUGGCUGUCUUCAACGGCUCAUGCAUUCUCCACAUCGAUCCUCGCACCGACACGCUGCUGCAGAAAGUGCCCAUUCCGGCUAAACAGGUAACCUCAGCGACGUUCGGCGGGCCGAACUAUGACAUUCUGUUCGUGACGACGGCUAGCUUGAACAUUGACGGCGAGCAGAAGCCACCCUGCGGAGCCACCUUCAUGGUCACCGGAUUAGGGGUCAAGGGACACCCUAAUGUCAAUUUUAAACUUUAAAUAUUUAUAUUCCAAAGGCUGAAGAGUAAUUUGAAUUGAUGGCGCUAGUAGUUUGAACCAAAAUAUUAAUUUCACACAAAUAUGAUUCAAAAUGUAUUCUAUAGCUUUUAAGUUUAUUUGAAAUGAGCAAUCCCUAGAGUUUCUUGCUCAUUCUUCUCAUGGAGAUCAGCAUAGUGAACUAGCGUUAAAAAUGACGUUACCAAAUGUAAUUUUAUUUUACCUCUGAACCAAGUUAUCUCGUCAGCCUUUACUAAGGUGGUCAAGCUAUGACUGGCACCACACAGGCUAGUCCACCGUUGGACAUUGACCUCUCCUAUAGCUCGGUACUGCUGUCAGUCUCUCCAUCUGCCCAUGAGCCUAACCAUCUUGGAUGACAGGCCGAAUUUAGCCUUGUACCUUUAUAUCAUUAAAAGGAGUUGCGUAAAUAAGCCCUUUCAUAUAUACGUAUAAAUAAGUAGAUGUAGUAGUCGUUGUUUAACAUUACAGUAUUCAGUAGGCCUUAUUACAUGGCAUGAAAGUCGCAUCAUCUGAUUACGCCGUU